UGAGUAUAGACAAAUAGGUGAGGUUAGUAACUGGUACCUGUUCAAAACUCUUGCACAUCUCAGGCCAAUCCAAGAUUAAACUGCCAACUGAUUCGACAAUUUGAAAACUUUCAUACAUUGAGAUCUUCCAAUCACUCAUAUCUUUCUUGGGUAAUCUAGAUUUCCCUGCAAAAAAAUUUUCGCUCCAAGUUUCCGUACAAAGAUCCUCUGUUUCAGGAAAGAUGUUUGAGGGAGAGUUACUGAAGAAUGGAGUCAAUCAAGAGGAUAGAGAACCUUCUGAUUCUUUGGUGGAUUAUAAGGUAUGAUGUUGACCCCUCGAAACCUGCAUCACUGACCUGGCAGCGAAAGUUAAACAGUGAGGAAGUUGCCCUUUCACUAUUCACUUUAAGUUUUCAAGAGAAAUUUCAACUGGCUCCUAUAGGUAUUCGAUUGUGGCGUUAUCUCCAAGAAGAAGCUGCCAAAGGAAAGGGAGGUGUUAUCAAUCCAUUUUCUAAGCGCUUUGUAACAUCUUGCCAAGGCAUUCCACUUGGUGGCAUUGGCUCUGGAAGCAUUGGAAGAAGUUAUAAAGGUGAAUUUCAGCGUUGGCAACUAUUCCCUAGAAUAUGUGAAGAAAAACCCAUUUUAGCAAAUCAAUUUUCUGUUUUUGUUUCACGCUCAAAUGGUGCAAAGUACUCUAGUGUUCUGUGCCCAAGGAACCCCGAGGUGCUUAAAUUACCUACAGAUUCUGGAAUUGGAUCUUGGGACUGGAAUCUGAAGGGAGACAGUUCUACAUAUCAUGCUUUGUAUCCAAGGUCAUGGACCAUAUAUGAAGGUGAACCUGAUCCAGAACUUAGAAUUGUUUGUCGUCAAAUUUCACCUGUUAUUCCUCAUAAUUAUAAGGAGAGCAGCUUCCCGGUCUCAGUUUUCACUUUUAUGCUCUAUAAUUCUGGCAAGACUGCUGCAGAUGUCAGCUUGCUUUUUACAUGGGCGAAUUCUGUUGGAGGGGACUCUGAAUUUUCUGGUCUGCACUUCAAUUCUACAACAAUGAUGGAGGAUGGUGUGCAUGGAAUCCUUCUACAUCACAAGACAGCCCAUGGGUUUCCCCCUGUCACUUUUGCUGUUACUGCACAGGAGACCAAUGGCGUCCAUGUCUCAAAAUGCCCACGAUUUGUGAUAUAUGGGAACUCCCAAGGGAUAACAGCAAGAGAUAUGUGGCAUGAAAUAAAAGAGCAUGGAUCCUUUGACAACCUUAAGUCAACUGGAAUGUCAGUGCCCUCAGAACCAGGAUCAUCUAUUGGAGCAGCCAUUGCAGCCUCUGUGACAAUUCCACCAGAUGCUGUACGCACCGUUACAUUUUCAUUGGCAUGGGACUGCCCUGAAGUAUGCUUCAGGGGUGCAAGGACUUACCACAGGCGUUACACAAAAUUCUAUGGUACUAAUGGGGAUGCUGCUGCAAGAAUUGCUCAUGAUGCUAUUCUAGGGCAUGGCCUUUGGGAGUCCCAAAUAGAAGCCUGGCAAAGGCCAAUUCUCGAAGACAAGAGGCUUCCUGAAUGGUACCCUAUCACUCUCUUUAAUGAGCUCUAUUAUCUUAAUUCAGGGGGUACAGUUUGGACAGAUGGAUCACCUCCAUUCCAGAGCUUAGUUAGCAUAGGAGGAAGAAAGUUUUCCCUUGAUAGUUCCAGGGCAGGUUUGAAGAGCAUUAUUGAUGCCCAUCAAAAUGACACUUCUGUUGAUAUUCUUGGAAGGAUGACGUCAAUGCUUGAGCAAAUUCAUGCUCCUAUUGCAUCCAACUCUGCCUUUGGAACUAAUUUGCUUCAAGAAGGAGAAGAAAACAUCGGUCAAUUCCUUUAUCUUGAAGGGGUUGAAUAUCAAAUGUGGAACACCUAUGAUGUUCAUUUCUAUUCUUCUUUUGCAUUGAUUAUGUUAUUUCCCAAACUUGAACUGAGUGUUCAAAGAGACUUUGCAGCAGCAGUAAUGAUGCAUGAUCCCAGUAAGAUGAAACUUCUACAUGAUGGACGAUGGGCCCAUAGAAAGGUUCUUGGAGCCGUUCCUCAUGAUAUUGGAAUGAAUGAUCCAUGGUUUGAAGUGAAUGCCUAUAACCUUCACAAUACUGAUACAUGGAAAGACUUGAAUCCAAAAUUUGUACUCCAAGUUUAUAGGGAUGUUGUUGCCACCGGCGACAAGAGUUUUGCAGAAGCUGUUUGGCCUUCAGUUUAUGUUGCGAUGGCUUUUAUGGAUCAGUUUGACAGGGAUGGCGAUGGGAUGAUUGAGAAUGAUGGGUUUCCUGAUCAGACAUAUGACACAUGGUCCGUGUCUGGUGUGAGUGCAUAUAGUGGUGGGCUAUGGGUUGCAGCCUUACAAGCUGCAUCAGCCUUGGCAAGAAAAGCUGGUGAUAAAGCUUCUGAGGAUUAUUUUUGGGCUAGGUUUCAGAAAGCGAAAGUUGUGUAUCAGAAACUAUGGAAUGGUUCUUACUUGAAUUACGACAGCAGUGGCAGUAGUAACAGUUCAUCUAUUCAGACUGAUCAAUUGGCAGGACAAUGGUAUGCACGAGCAUGUGGACUCCUCCCCAUCCUUGACAAAGAAAAGGCGAGAAGUGCACUAGAAAAAGUUUAUAAUUACAACGUCUUAAAGGUGAAGGAUGGGAAACUAGGGGCUGUAAAUGGAAUGCUACCUGAUGGAAGAGUUGAUCUGUCAUCAAUGCAGUCGAGAGAGAUAUGGUCCGGAGUCACAUAUGCUGUUGCUGCAACAAUGAUUCAGGAAGAUUUGAUGGACAUGGCAUUUCAUACUGCAAGUGGGAUCUACGAAGCUGCCUGGUCUGAAAAAGGAUUCGGUUAUUCUUUCCAAACUCCAGAAGGAUGGAAUACCGACGGCCAGUAUAGAUCUCUAUGUUACAUGCGCCCUUUGGCUAUUUGGGCAAUGCAGUGGGCUCUGUCAAGACCAAAACUUGAUACGGAGGAAAUGACAUUAGAAGUGAAGGAAGAUUAUCAGCUUCCACACCAUGCUGGAUUUGCUAAAGUUGCUCGUCAUCUAAGGUUGCUGGAAGAGGAAUCAUCUGUAAGUCUUAUCCAGUCUUUGUUUGACUACACUUGCAAGAAGUUGGGUUAUAAUUGAUUGGUGUAUAUCGUCACUAUAGUUGAUUAAUGUGAAUAGCGAGGAGGGUAUCAUUCAAACAUUUGAAAAGCACAAGUGCUUUUGUUGUAAGUUUGAUCGAACAAGACAUUCAUACUUCUACUAUAGAUGUAAUGUCAAUGAGAAAUUAUUCGAUA